GCUCUUGCUACAGGAGGCCCGGGACUACGGACUGCCGUCUGCCCUCUCUGGUCACUCUGCCUAGCCUGAGGAUCUGUCACCCCAGCCAUGAGGACCCUCGCCCUCCUCGCUGCCGCCGUUCUCCUGGUGGUCCUUCAGGCCCAGGCGGAGCCACUCCAGGCAAGAGCUGACGAGGUUGCAGCCCAGGAGCAGCCUGGAGCAGACGCUCAGGAAGUGUCUGUUUCCUUCGUAUGGGAUGAAGAUGCCGCACGUCAGCUUUCAGACUCAGGGAGACAAUCAGCAUGCCUUUGCAGACGACGACGCUGCCGUGCCAGAGAACGUCAACGUGGGAUCUGCGUCCGUGGUUUUAGAUUAUACCGGUUCUGCUGCCGCUGAGCUUGCUGAUAAAAAUAAGCUCACAAUUUACUUUGAGAGUUAAAGACAUCGUUGUCACUCCAGUACCGUGUCCUCAGUUUCCUUUCCUCAUCCCAAAUAAACGCCUUCUAA